UACGAGCCAGAAUAUAUGACCGAAUAUGUGGAUGGGCAUCUUCGCCUGACGAAUCAGGAAUAGGAUAUACACAAAACGGAGGGUAAGACGGGCUUUGUCUUGUAUGCAUGUUUCAUAAAGAUCAAGUCACUAACUUAUUGGUUUACUUGAGAUUUUCGGGGCAAUCUCGAUAUUUCUAAGUUGCCAAAUGUCAUUGUGGGUAGGAAGACGCCACGAAAUGCAAUACACAUUCUUACAUUCAAAGGGCUAAUUCUUUCUGGCAGUAUUUCAUCUGGUCUAGUAAAGUAUGUCGGUCCUUUUGUUCCUCAAUUUCCUGGCUCCACCCCUAUAUAUAACAUAGUGAGGUGUUACAUUUUUAACUAAAAUUUCUCAAUUUUCUGUAUAGGGUUGUUGCUUGAGCAGCAUGUAAAUUAAGCAGAAUGGCUUCUUGGUACCCAACAAUAGAGGCUACUGCUCCACCUUGUAGAAUAACACAUACCCACUUGCUUUCAAGGCCUCGUUUUCAUCAUGUCAAGUUAUUCACUUGUCAGUUAAAAACGCUAAAGAGUAAGAGCAGGGGAAUUGUAAGGGCUGUGUAUGAAACCAAAACAGAUAGAAGAGGGAGAACAAAUGAUUCAUGUUUCUACUUAGUUGACACCGAGGAAGAACUUCCUGCUAAUGAAUGGAUUGUAAGAAGGUUCUCUACAUCCCUGCAGUCAAAACCUCCUCCCAAGCAAAAUGAAGAAUUCUAUAUCAAUACAGGAUAUGCCAUCAGAGCUCUCAGGGAAGAACUACCCUCUAUGUUCUACAGAGAGCUCACAUUUGAUAUCUACAGGGAGGACAUUGUCUUCAAGGAUCCAUUAAAUACAUUUAAUGGCAUUGAAAACUACAAACUUAUCUUUUGGGCACUGCGGUUUCAUGGUAAGAUAUUUUUCAAGGCACUAUGGGUAGAUGUAUUAAGAAUAUGGCAGCCUACAGAGAAUAUAAUCAUGAUACGCUGGACAAUAUGUGGGAUACCUAGGGUUCCAUGGGAAGCAAAAGGUCACUUUGAUGGCACAUCAGAAUACAAACUGGAUAGCAAAGGAAAAAUCUAUGAACACAAGGUGGACAAUGUAUUGCUAAACUCACCUCCAAAGUUCAGUGUCCCCGUGGUUGAGAACUUGAUCAGGGUUCUUGGUGGCUCCUCAACACCCAAACCGACCUACUUUGAAACAAUUGGGACUUUGUUUUGGAUGUUGUUACCAUAUUUGAUACAAUUCACUUGGGUGCAUUAUUAUCUUGCAAUGAAAGGUACCAUGGAUCUGAACAAUGUCACAACAGGGUUUACCAGCCUCCAUGAUUACUUGCAAAAGUGUAAUUUGAACUCAUUAUUGAUUGAGCUGUAGACAAAAUCAAAGCUUUCAUCAGUCCCAGUUGACACUUUUUCUGGCAGCUGAUUCAUUGAACCUGCAUUAUAUGCUGCUGUAGAGUUAUGCAACUCAGUUGCAAAAGAAGAUGCACAAUUGAAUGUUGUAACAUUUGGGGGCAAAACUGUAUCAGUACCUGUUACCUUUUAAUGCAAUAUUGUUCAGCAUCGAUAGAUAAUUAUGGAAACUGCAUGCCACUGUCAUAUCAGCAGCGUGACUUGUAUGACUUACUCUCGGAGAAGUAUUCAUACCCCACGGUCUUUGGCAGGAGCAAUGUAAUAGAUUAAUUUGUUUUCUGAAUAUAUACAAGGUGUAUGGAUGUAUUUUAAACAAUCCA